AGGAGAGGGAGAGAGAGGCGAGGAAGAGAGGAGAGGAGAGAGGGGAUGGGAACGGGAGCGGCAGCAGCGGGGGGACGGUAGCGCUGGGCUGCCGGGGCCGGGGCCGGGGUCGGGGAGCGGGUCUGGCCGCCUCGGACGACAUGCUGCCCGGGGUGGGUGUGUUCGGCACCGGGCUGAGUAGCCGGGUGAUGGUGCCGCUGCUGCAGAGCCAGGGCUUCCCGGUGAAGGCGGUGUGGGGCCGCACGGCCGAGAAAGCCGAGCGCCUGGCCCGGGACAUGGACGUCCCCUUCCACACCAGCCGCAUCGACGAGGUCCUGCUCCACCACGACGUGGACCUGGUGUGUAUCAACUUGCCACCGCCGCCGCUCACUAGGCAGAUCGCUGUCAAAACACUCGGAAUUGGGAAGAAUGUCAUCUGCGACCGAGCAGCGACGCCUCUGGAUGCGUUCCAGAUGAUGUCGGCCGCCCACUAUUACCCCAAACUGAUGAGCAUCAUGGGCAACGCGCUGCGCUUCCUGCCGGCCUUCGUCAAGAUGAAGCAGAUGAUCCAGGAGGGCUACGUGGGGGAGCCCAUGAUCUGUGAGGUGCAGGUCCACAGCGGGAGCCUCCUGGGCAAGAAGUACAACUGGAGCUGCGAUGACCUGAUGGGCGGCGGGGGCCUCCACUCGGUGGGCAGCUACAUCAUCGACCUGCUGACCUUCCUGACCGGCCAGAGGGCCGUCAAGGUCCACGGCUUCCUCAAGACCUUCGUCAAGCAGACGGAGCACAUCCGGGGCAUCCGGCAGAUCACCAGCGACGACUUCUGCACCUUCCAGAUGGUGCUGGAGGCCGGCGCGUGCUGCACCGUCACGCUCAACUUCAACGUGCCGGGGGACUUCAAGCAGGACGUGACGGUGGUGGGCUCGGCCGGCCGGCUGACCGUGAGCGGCAGCGACCUGCACGGCCAGCGCAACAGCUCGGGCCGGAGGGAGCUGAUCCUGGAGGACUCGGCCCCGCUGAGCGACGGGCUCCUGCCGGAGAAGGCCUUCCGCGACUGCCCCGUCCCCUUCCUCCGCGGCACCGUGAUGAUGGUGCGGGCCAUCCGCCAGGCCUUCCAAGACCAGGAGGACCGGCGCACCUGGGACGGGAGGCCUCUGUCCAUGGCAGCAACCUUCGAGGACUGCCUGUACGCCCUCUCGGUGGUGGACACCAUCAAGAAGUCCAACGAGACGGGCGAGUGGCAGAACAUCGAGGUCAUGACGGAAGAACCCGAGAUCAGCCCCGCUUAUCUGAUCAGUGAGGCAAUGCGUCGAAGUCGAAUGUCCCUACUGUACUGAUAACCUCCACAGCAAGUCGUCUCAGCCAGGGUGCAAGGCAAACCUUUCAAUGAGCAUAGAGUGAUACAGUGUGGAAACAGGCCCUUCGGCCCAACUUACCCACACCGGCCAACAUGCCCCAGCUACACUAGUCCCACUUGCCUGCGCUUGGCCCAUCUCCCUCCAAACCUGUCCUAUCCAUCUACCUGUCUAACUGUAUCAUAAACGUUGGGAUAGUCCCAGCCUCAACUACCUCCUCCGGCAACUCGUUAAACACACCCACAACUGAACAGUUACCGCUUAGAUCCCUAAAAUCUUUUUCCCUUCACCUUGUACCUAUGUCCCCUGGUCCUCGAUUCCCCCACUCUGGGCAAGAGACUCCAUGCGUCCACCCAAUCUAUUCCCCUCACGAUUUUGUACCCAAAGCUUGUAGCAUGAAUAGCAUGGGCUUCCCUGGCUUAAUAAAUGUUGGCAUGUCUACAAAAUGUAUUUGCGACAUGCCAAGUAAAUGUAAACCGAUGUGAGUGGCAAGAAUAGAAUUACAGGGCGUCACGGUGGUGGAGCGGUAGAGUUGCUGCCACACAGCGCCGGAGACCCGGGUUCGAUCCCGACUACGGGCACAGAGAUUGCACGUUCUCCCCGUGACCUGCGUGGGUUUUCUCCAAGUCCUUCGGUUUCCUCCCACGCUCCAAAGACGUACAGGUUUGUAGGUUAAUUGGCUUGGUGUAAAGGUAAAUUGUCCCUGGUGUGUGUAGGGUAGUGUUAGUGUACAGGGGUCAGUGAGGACCGGAGGACCUGAUUCCGCGCUGUAUCUCCAAGCUAAACUAACGUCCACCACCGAUUUCCCGGCAAGCGGUGGUCCGACACCUCCUUUAAUCCGGACAAAAUUAUACAAGAGUUCCCACGAGAAAGUGGCGCCAAGGCCGGGUGAGGCGGCCGAUCUCGACCUCAUCGGGACUUCCGCGGCCGAUUGGCGGAUCGAACCUGCCCCCCUGCGGCCAGGGUCUCUGGAACUCCGGCCCGGCCGGAGCCGGCAGAUCCGCUCCUGUGGCCGACUCCCGAGGCCGACUUUGUGGGCCGGUAUAUCGGCCCCCUCGGCGGAACGUUCCGCAACUGUCGGACUCCUCUCGGAGGCAGAGACCAAAGAUCCUAUAGUGAGCAAGAUAGCCCAUGACGAAAAAGACGUAGUACGGUCAUGGGCAGAUUCAUGGGUAAUUUAAGGCCCCAUUCCCAUAACCGGCUUCCGUCUCCGCACCAAAGAUCCCAUAGGAUACUAGUGCGGAGACGGAAGCUGGUUACGGAAACAUCCUCGUAAAAAUAAAAGUUAUUUGGUAAAAAUCUUCUCCUCAUUUUCAGAAUUAUAAUUUAUUAACACAAACUGUUCCCCCGCAACGUUGAUUACACUGCGAGUCGGGUCGGGUCGGGUCCGGUUAUGGAAAUGGAUGAAAAAAAGGCCCACGUUCCGCUGGGUUGCGUACUACACGUCAGCCCAUUGCAUUUAGCAGGAGUGAUCUAUCUAGUGGUCUAUAGGAUCUUUGGCCAUGACCUCAGUCGGUCCGGCGAAACGGAUAGUCGGGAAAGGCUCCGGAAGCGAGGGGUGCCGGAAAAUCGGUGACGGACCCGUAUUGAGAUCAACAAGUCGCGCGAUUGAUGAUUGAUCACCCAAACGAGGGCCAUUGUAGGCUCUUGAAAUGACAAUUGUUUCUUCAUUUCUGUUCGAUGUGUUAUCAUCCCAGUAAGUUGGGACUUUAGUUUGAGUUUAUCAUGUUGGGAAAUGGGGUACAUUUUACAGUUUAGUAUCCCAGAACAUUGCAGAACAGGAGAAAGCAUCUUUGCAUGCGGCGAUCUAUUAAUUAUAUGUUGACUGAAUGUGUUGAGCCUGAUAUGCAAAAAAAAAAAUGAUUUGCAGAAAUUCUUUGUUCCUGUUAACCAUUGCACAAAGUUGUGUGGCGGGAAGCACUAGAUCAUAAAAUGACCCCUGUUAUCAGAAAUUACAUAUAUUUUUUUAUAUUUUGAGGCCGCUAGGCGCAGUUUACUAUGCAAAGUGCAUGCAAUACCAGUUGCUUUUGCAGCAGAAGUGACAGAGAGGAAUUCCUUGCAAUGUGAAGAAUGUAGACUUAUAGAGUCAUACAGCGUGGAAACAGGCCCUUCGGCCCAACUGGCCCACACCAACCAACAUGCCCCGUCUACACGAGUCCCACCUGCCCGCGUCUGGCCCAUAUUCCACUAAACCUGUGCAAAUGUCUUUUUAAUAAUAUAGUACCUGCCUCAACUACCUCUUGCAGCAGCCUAUUCCAUAUACUCACCACCUUCUGCACAGUCGCCCCUCGGGUUCCUAUUAAACCUUUCCCCUCUCACCUUAAACCUAGGUCCCUGUUUCGUGAUUCGGCCCAUCAAGUCCACUCCGCCAUUCAAUCACGGCGGAUCUAUCUCUCCUUCUCAACCCCGUUCUCCUGCCUUCGACGCCUAACCCCUGACACCCGUACUAAUCAACAACCUGUCAAUCCCUGCCUUACAAAAAUAUCCUUAAAAAGUUCCUUGUUAUUACAUUUUAGUGAGUGGCUUAUCGAAGAAUUUAAGCAUCAGUGAGACAAAGGGAGGCAGUUGCAGUGACUGGAACCGCGACAACUGAAAGGUGUAGCUUCCAAAGAUAGUCGAGAGAGAGAGAGAGUCAAUAGACAAUAGGUGCAGGAGUAGGCCAUUCGGCCCUUAGAGUCAGCACCGCCAUUCAACGUGAGCAUGGCUGAUCAUCCCCAAUCAGUACCCCGUUCCUGCCUUCUCCCCAUAUCCUCUGACUCCGCUAUCAUUAAGAGCCCUAUCUAGCUCUCUCUUGAAAGUAUCCAGAGAACCGACCUCCACCGCCCUCUGAGGCAGAGAAUUCCACAGACUCACAACUCUCUGUGAGAAAAAGUGUUUCCUCGUCUCCAUGUUCAUAAGUUUCAGAAGCUCAUAUGCUCACAAGCAGAAUUAGGCCAUUCGGCCCAUCAAUUGUGGCUGAUCUAUCUCUCCUUCCUAACCCCAUUCUCCUGCCUUCUCCCCGUAACCUCUGACACCCGUACUAAUCAAGAAUCUAUCCAUCUCUGCUCUAUAAAUUAUAAAUUGUCCCUAUUGCGUGUAGAAUAUUGCUAGCGUGCGGGGAUCGCUGGUUGGCGCGGACUCGGUGGGCCGAAGGUUAUGUUUCCGCGCUGUAUCUCUAAACUAAACAAAACUAAACAAUGCCUGAAUUCCAUAAAACAGUUCCUGGCUGUGAAUGAAAGCGCUCACUCAAAACAGCGCUCUGCAUUUGUUUUUGAAAUUAGAUAUUAUUAAUGAUGAGAUGAAAAUUAAUAUUCAUGAUGAAAUGUGUUGAUUUCAUGUUUUGUUUCUUGAAACGCGAUGUUGUCUGUACAGAGGAUACAUGUCUGUGAAAUAUUUGUGUUAUUUAUAGUAUUCUUAGCAUGAAUAUCUGUAUAUAUGCAGGACAAAAUAUUUAUCAAGGGGAUGAAAAAAAAGCUAGUACCAGAGACGGUACAAAAUUUAUAUUUUAUUUAUGAUUGAUAGGACAGAACAUACUUAGUUUGUUAAAAUGCUUUUUAUUUAAAAUGUGUACAAAGCAACGAGUCUCAGUACUGUGAAGGGAUUUUAAGAUUCUGUAUUGUUAGUUCAGCUUAAUUCUGUGUCUGUCUCGACUUGUUAGCUAACGGUUUGCGGGGGUUUUGUUUGUUAAGCUGAAUAAAUGUUGCGCUUUUUGUCCGCGCUGUCUCGUACGUGAAGCUAGUAAUAUGUAAAGCACUCGGUAUGCACUGUUACAAUAUCCUGUUGCGUGUAAUUUGUCCUGGACACUGUUCUGAUGUUACAUGCCCUCAUAUACAGAUCCAAGGAAUAUCAACAACUUCUGUACAUCGGCGAGACCAAGCGCAGGCUCGGCCAUCGUUUCGCCGAACACCUCCGCUCAGUCCGCAUUAACCUACCUGAUCUCCCGGUGGCUCAGCACUUCAACUCCCCCUCCCCAUUCCCAAACUGACCUGGGCCUCCUCCAUUGUCAGAGUGAGGCCCAGCGCAAAUUGGAGCAGCAGCACCUCAUAUUUCGCUCAGGUAGCUUACACCCCAGCGGUAUGAACAUUGACUUCUCUAACUUCAGAUAGCCCUUGCUUUCCCUCUCUCCCCAUCCCCUCCACCUUCCCAGUUCUCCCACCAGUCUUACUGUCUCCGACUACAUUCUAUCUCGGUCCCGCCCCCUCCCCUGACAUCAGUCUGAAGAAGGGUCUCGACCCGAAAUGUCACCCAUUCCUUCUCACCAUAGGUGCUGCCUGUCCCGCUGAGUUACUCCAGCAUUUUGUGUCUACCUUUGAAUAUCUUUUAUGAAUCUUAAAUGAUGUCAUGCCUUUGAGGAGAGAGCAGUCGAGCUUUUUGCAAAUGUUUGUAAGUCGACGACACUGGAGUUUGGAGACGGGAUCUAACUGUGCCUGUUUUCCAUGUGCACAGUUCCCUCCACAAGGAUUUUACCCAGGAUAGAUGGUGAUAGGAACCAUUUCUGUGGGAAUUUGCUCUCAAUGGAAUUUUGCCUGCACGCGCUUCUUUGGAGCAAUUAUGGUUUCAGUGAGAUCCCUCCCUCAUCCUUCUAAACUAAAUUGAAAAAAUAUGAUUUGGUGGUGAAUCUGUGGAAUCCAUUGCCAGACGGCUGUGGAGGCCAAGUCAAUUGAUAUUUCUAAGGCAGAGAUAGAUAGAUUCUUGAUUAGUACGGGUGUCGGAGGUUAUGGGGAGAAGGCAGGAGAAUGGGGUUAGGAGGGAGAGAUAGAUCAGACAUGAUUGAAUGGCAGAGUAGACUUGAUGGGCCGAAUAGCCUAAUUCUGCUCCUACCACAUGAUCAUAAACUAGAUUUACAAUUUUAAAGCUACGAUCAUAAACAAUGUAUGAGGGCAGUGAUAAAUGUCAAACAUUUUCGAUAAGGUUUGAUUAUUUAACUUUAGCUGCCACACUCCAUUGGUGUGAAAAGUUGAUGUAUACAAUGUACCAAACUCUCCAAAACAUACAUAUGGGGUUAAGUAGAUGUGAUAGGAGCAGAAUUAGGCCAUUCAGCCCAUCAAGCCUAGUCCGCCAUUCAAUCAUGGCUGAUCUAUCUCUCCCUCCUAACCCCAUUCUCCUGCCUUCUCAUAACGCCUGGCACCCGUUCUAAUCAAAAAUCUGUCAAUCUCCACUUUAAAAUAUUCACUGACUUUGCCUCCACAGCUUUCUGUGGCAAUGAAUUCCACAGAUUCAUCCUAAAAAUCCUCCUCAUCUCCAUCCUAAAGGAAUGUCCUUUAAUUCUGAGGCUGUGACCUCUGGUCCUAGACUCUCCCACUAGUAGAAACAUCCUCUCCACAUCCACUCUAUCCAAGAAGAGGCAGUGUGGAGUGUAAGGUGGAGUCAAUGGUGGGGAGUCUGGUCUGUGCGAUGCACCUUCGAAAGUAUUCUAAAGACGUGAACAGUAUUUUCCUGGGGUAGUUAGCUGGCCACAUGUUUGAAAUCCAUUUUUUAAUCAUUGCUCUUCCUGUGGAUAAGUAUAGAUUUGUGUCCCAUUUGUGGUCGUUGAGGGAAUUAACGGCUGGCACGGUGGCACAGCGGUAGAGUUGCUGCCUCACUGCGCCAAAGACCCGGUUCCAUCCCGACUACAGGUGCUGUCUGUACGGAGUUUGUACCUUCUCCCCGGGACUUCCGUGGGUUUUCUCCGAGAUCUUCGGUUUUCGCCCACCUCCUGUGUAGGUUAAUUGGCUUGGUGUAAAUGUAACAUUGUCUCUAGUGUGUGUAGGGUAGUGUUAGUGUGCGGGUCGGAGCGGUGAGCCGAAUGGCCUGAUUCCGCGCUGUUUCCUAAACUAACCUAAAAUUAAAAUGGUCACAUUCAUCAAAAGCCUAUGACCGAUUAUUAGGCAGCAAGUUUAAUUUACUGAUUACAAUGAGGCUCAAUCGGCUACAUGUAUACAAUCCACCUCCAGUUUAAAUUCCAUUUGGAAUAUUUUGGAGAACCAUGAAACCAAGAAACCACAUGUAUGCCGUUUAAACUAUUGUCGAUUGUAUUAAAUAUUACUUUAUGGAAAUGAAAGCAUGAAGCAUUACUGUGUAUAUUUUGCGUAAUUGUUGACAAUGUUAAAACAAUGUUUUCCUCUGAUAAAAAUAAAAAUUAAAAGAACUUUUAUUUUAAGGAAAUGGAUGUGGUGCUUUUAACAGGGUGGCACGGUGGCGCAGCGGUAGAGUUGCUGCCUCAUAGCGCCACAGGCCCGGGUUCCAUCCCGACUACGGGUGCUGUCUUUACGGAGUUUGUACGUUCUCCUCGUGACCUGCGUGGGUUUUUUCCCCCCCGAGAGAUCCCCGAUCAAAUGCUUUCUGCGGCGCAUCUGCAGAAGUUGGUGAGAGUUGUCGGGGACAUGCUGAACUUCCUGAGCCUUCUAAGGAAGUAGAGGCGUUGGUGUGCUUUCUUUGCCGUUGCUUCAAUAUGGGUGGUCCAGGACAAGUUGCUGGUGAUAUUGACUCCGAGGAACUUGAAUCUUUCAACCACGUAGACUAGGAGAGAUGCAGGACAAUAGACAAUAGGUGCAGGAGUAGGCCAUUUGGCCCUUUGAGCCAGCACCGCCAUUCAAUGUGAUCAUGGCUGAUCAUCCCCAAUCAGGGGCUCCUGAUUGUUCCUGCCUUCUUCCCAUAUCCCCUGACUCCGCUAUCUUUAAGAGCCCUAUCUAGCUCUCUCUUGAAAGUAUCCAGAGAACCUGCCUCCACCGCCCUCUGAGGCAGAGAAUUCCACAGACUCACAAUAUUGCAAAACAGCAUAUAACAACAUUUAAAAAAAUACUUGGACAGGUACAUGGAUAGAAAAGGUUUAGACGGGAUAUGGGCUAAAUAAUAAUGUUGUCUGAUAAAGCGUUCUGACCAAAAUGUCACCUAUCCACUUUCUCCAGUGAUGCUGCCUGAUCCACUGAGAUCUUCCAGCACUUUGUCCUUUUUUUGGUAAUCUGCAGUUCCUUGUGUCUACAUCGGCAUCUGCAGUUCCUUGUGUCUACAUCAAUAGUAGUGUCGCAAGAAAGAACUGCAAAUGUUCAAGAAGGAACUACAGAUGCUUGAAAAUCGAAGGUAAACAAAAGUGCUGGAGAAACUCAGCAGGUGCGGCAGCAUCUAUGGAGCGAAGGCCCGAAAUGUUGCCUAUUUCCUUCGCUCCAUAGAUGCUGCCGCACCCGCUGAGUUUCUCCGGCACUUUUGUCUACCAAAGAACUGGAGAAGCUGGUUAAUGCACAGAAGGACACGAAGUGGACUUAAGAGUAAUGUGUAAGAAGGAACUGCAGAUGCUGGUUUAAACCGAAGAUAGGCACAAAAAGCUGGAGUAACUCACCC